GAAAAACGAAGCGUUUCCAUACGUUUGACAGUAGAAACGCUUUGCUGACUGGUGUUUUGUCCAACCUGGCCGCGGGUGACAGCUGUUUGUUGUGACCUUUUGUGGAGAAGAGAUAACAGCGCCGCAGCGUGAGCAAAAUCCACCGUUGAAAACUCGCUACAGAGAGAUAUCAAAAUGGCUGCCUGGAGAACUGCCGGACUGAACUACAUCAACUAUUCCAACAUUGCCGCCCGGCUGCUCCGUAAAGCGCUCAAGCCGGAGCUGCGAGUUCAAGCUGCCCGCCGCGAUGAUUCGCACAUCAAGUUCACCAAAUGGCAGGGUGGCAAGCCGGAAAGUAAGUAACGAGAUAAUCUACGAGAUAGUUCUAUCAAAUUCAAGUGAUAUCCUUUGAAAAGAGUGAACAAAAGUGUUUCCUAUGGUAAAAUCCAGUGGAGAUGGGGGUAAAUGGCAAUAGAUUGCCUGUGAGUGGCCGAUGGUGAUUGCAUCACACAUCGGCGCACGGGACUGUUUUCGUCCAACGUACAGUAGUGCUCAAACCAACACACUGGAGGGAAAUUUGUAGAUCAAAUUAUUAAGUGAAAAAGUGGUCCUCAAUUUCUUGCUCCAUUUUAUCAAAUCUUUGGCUAUCUGUACAUCGACGCAUUUUCAUUACAAUUUAUUUACUUUUUUUGCAGAUGAAAAAUGAUUUUUCUUAUCAUUUUGGUUAGUUUAUUCGUCGUAAGUUACUGUUUUCAGUUUCGCGUGUUUUCGUGUGUAUGAUUUGAAUUUAAUUUAAAGUUAACCUUGCUUUAUCGUCCCCUUUUUAAGCUGCUAACAAGUUUAUCGAGUUUUGUUUUCCCUUUCUCUUCUAACUAUAACUGAAUGCGUUUUAUUGAGCAUGAUGAAAGUUUGGAGAUACCGAUACAGUUAAGGCAGACUUGUAUUUAAUAUAUGAUUAUUUCUCUUUUUAUUUUACAGAGGCCCUAAGCGAAUAAGCUAAACGACAGUUCAUUCUGGUCCAGUUUGGAAAAAACACAUCUUUAGUACAGAUAGUGGGCAAAAUAAAUUAUGUAAAAUCAUUACGUUGGUGACCAACUA